AGUGUAGCAUGUAAAGUGUGUUCGAUCGGUUUGAAUUUUACUUUUUCUUAAUUUUUGUUUUGUGACUAAAUUACUGAUAAGCUUUUAUUUAAGUUCAGAGGGUGAAAUUACAAAAAAAAAAUUUGAGACAAACUGUUUUUAUUUAGCGAGAUCACAAGUGAGUCAAAGUGAAAUCUCAUUUGAGAUUCACAUCGAAUACCAUCAAGAUUUGCUCCAGAUAAUUUCAGAAAUGGAUGUCAAAUUAACUUUCUUCUUUGGCUUUUUAUGCAUCGUAACGGCGAAAAGCAAUGUUCGACAUCCUGAAUUUUCUAAAGCAUGUCAAGGGCCCUCGGAAGCUUCAGGGGGUUCUCUUCAAGAAAUGGUGAGUCAAUUGUUUCCUUGCAAUGUCCCAGAUGUUCAAUCCGACCAAGCUGGUGAAGAAGAAUUAUCAGAACCACAGCAGAUUUUUAAGCAAGACGUGAGAUAUGAUGCAAAACGCUCUUCUGAAAUUGCUUUAAGUGUUCUCGACUUAUCACAUAGAAUACUUGACGAUAUCAUGCAAGACAGCAGUCAAGAUAAAUAUCAAGUCAUAUCACCAAUCAGCAUUGCUGCAGCUUUACAAUUAGCUUUACUUGGAGCCAAUGGAAUGACAUUUAACGAACUGAUGGAUGUAAUGGGAUACAACACGAAGACAUUCUCACAGCAUCCUUAUCAAAUUCAUGAAGAAUUUGGAUUACUUCUUGAAGAUUUAGUCAACAACUCUCCCAAUCCCACUCGAUAUCGUGAAAAUGUUCCAUGGCGUGCAAAUGCUUCCAGACAUUACGUCCGAAAAACCAUGAGGCAUCAAAGUAAUCUUCCCAACUAUGAUGAACAUAUGAUAAGCGUUGCUAAUGGAAUAUUCGUUCAACGGGAUUUUUCCAUUCGUGAUGAGUAUAGAGAAGUCGUGCAGAAUAUUUACAGAAGUAAAAUUCAAAGAUUAGACUUUCGAGGUGAACCGAGAGCAUCAGCAAAAUUCAUUAAUGAUUGGGUGAACGAGAAAACUCAUGGAAAGAUAAAGGAAGUAAUUCAAGGAAGUGCGAACCCAGAAACUCGUGUUAUUCUUGCCAAUGCUCUCUAUUUUAAAGCUGAGUGGCAGGAAACAUUUAUCGAAGGAGCAACAGCAUUUAAAAACUUUUAUCCGAAAGGAAAAGAUAAUGAUUACACUAUAAUGGUUGAAAUGAUGGCACAUGGAGGAAGUUUCCCGCAUUACUACGAUGAACAAAGCGAUUGUGAAAUCUUAGGCUUACCUUACAAGCAGAAUUCUACGACAAUGUAUGUAAUCCUACCGAAGAAUUCAAACUCUGAUAAAAUUAGAAUAGCCCAGAGAAUUUUAACACCCGAACGAUUGGAACAAAUUAUCAGCAAGAUGCGCAUAAAAACAGCCGUCAUUCUUUUUCCUAAAAUGCAUUUAACAGGAAACUUACAUUUGAAGAAAAAUUUCAAAGAAAUGGGUUUGAGUACAUUAUUUGAGCCUCAAAUCUGUGAUUUAUCUGUGAUGUCACAAGGAUAUAGUGAACAAUCGAAUGGAAUGAAUUUCUCUAAUUCAUAUCUUCCAACACGUAGAAAUGCACCAGAAUAUUUAGCAAUCGAUCCAAAGGAAUCUUUAAUCUUCACGAGAAGUAAUCGCGAAGCCGGAAGAAAACUGAAACGGGACGUGACGUACAAAGUCAAAGGUGAAAACAGUAAACAUAAUAAUCCCUUAUCAGUCAAAGAUUUCAUGCUUCGAAAAAGAAUCAUAAAGAAAAAUCAUGGAAAAAAAUUACGUCGAAGUAAGCGCCAAUUCAUGCAGUUUGCUGCCGAAAAGUUGGACAGUUUAAGACAUCGAAAGGAUCUUGUUAAUCCACAUUUAUUUGCAGACGAAAUUAUUCAUAAAGUAGAUUUAACAAUCAACGAGAAAGGAACGGAAGGUGGUGCAGCAACCGCAAUUACGCUAAAUCGAUCUGGUACAAAUGUCGUAUUUAGAGUUGAUACGCCUUUCAUGUUCCUUAUCAGACACGAUCCGACACAUGUUCCACUUUUUUACGGUCUAGUAAUUGAGCCACAAAAUUAAAAAGAAAAUGAACAAGCUAUAAAUAAUUAAUUAUGCUACUUGUUAAGCAAACAAAUUAAUAACUGUUUUAAUUCUUUCUCUUCUUAAAUAUUUUUAUUCUUCUUCAACGCAAUUAUUUCCAUCAAACUGUUUUAUGUUCUGUUCUAAGUACACUCACAUCAUUUUUACAAACAUGAUGGAAAAUAUUUCUAAAAAUUUCUUCCUUCACAAAAAAUAUUUUUCAUGUCUCUGUUCGACCUAACGACACUCUCAAUAAAGGGAAAAUUGAAUUUUCUUGCCAUAUUUAAUCACAA